CUGUGCGCCCUGCUGCUCCUGAGCCGCAGAGAUGCAGAGAUGCAGAGUUCCGAGCAGCUGAGCCGCAGAGCUCUGCGCGACUUUUACCCCAAAGGUCCGAACCUGACCAGCGAGAAGCAGCUGCUCGGAGCUCUGCACGAAGUUCUGGAGAAGCUUCAGGCCAAACGUCUUCCUCUGUGGGAGAAGAAGUUUGGUCAAGUCCCCACGUGUGAUGUGGGCGAGCAGUGUGCCGUGAGGAAAGGAGCUCGGAUCGGGAAGAUGUGCGACUGCCCCCGAGGAGCCUUCUGCAACUUCUUCCUGCUGAAGUGCUUAUGA